AAUAAUUAGUUUUUUACAGAAAUAUGAAGACCAGAGUGACGAGGAAGAAUCCUUUUGAAGGAUUCACUCAGCCAAAUCAGAGUGAGAAUGCAGGGUUUAGCGAUCCCCAGAUUAAAGAGGAACCCUAUUCACAGAACGAAUGGGGAAAACCUGCUCAGGAAUUUGGAGGAAGGGUUACUAAUCCUUUUGGAACUCCGAAUACCUAUUCUCAAGAUUCUCAAUAUCAGGAUGACAUUGAUAUGGCUAGAGAGGAUACUUAUAACCAAGCUUCUUACGGAGGUCAGGCUUGGAAUCCAGAUGCUAAUAAAGCUCAGCAGUUUGGCCAGUAUGACCCUAACCAAUUCGCUCCUCCUGAAAAAUCAGGGUAUGGGUUUGGAGGAAAGUCCAUGGAAGGCCAAGUAAACGACUAUCUGAAUGAGCCACCAUUGUUAGAAGACCUCGGAAUAAACCCAAAGCAAAUUAUGAGGAAAGUUUUAUCAGUUAUCAGUCUGAAGAAGAUCAAUAGAGAAAUUGUAGAGGAUGCUGACCUUGCUGGCCCAAUCUUAAUCGCUAUUAUAUUCGGAACAUUGCUGUUGCUAAGAGGAAAAAUAGAAUUCGGAACAAUCUAUGGCUCUGGGCUUACCUUCUGCUUCCUAUUCUACAUCCUUUUCAAAGUGAUCGUAGACAAAGAGCAUUCUUUGAACUUAUAUACCAUUAUGAGCGUGCUUGGGUACUGACUGAUCCCAUUCAAUUUCCUUGCAACUAUCACCUUGUUUUUGCCUAUUUUUAAUAUUGUUGGAGGAAUUUUAGGCUUUGGUAUAAUCUGCUGGUCGACGUACAUGGCAACGCAGUUCAUUGAAGUUAUGCUCCAUACUCAGAAUAAGAAAGCGAUUAUAGGAUUUCCGAUAUUCCUGUUCUACAUGCGCUUCCUCUUAAUAACCAUAUUCUAGGUUUUGAUAAGUACGACUCUCAAUAAAUUAAUUGGAAAAUGGGGUUUUGG